AUGGCGAAGAAGCGGAAGCGCAGCGACGCCCCGGCGGAGGCGGCCGGCGCAGAGAAGCCCGACGACUCCGCGCUGGCGCGCCCGGAGCGCACACUCUUCGGCUUCAAGGACCCGGCCCCCGACGCCGAGCCCGCCUCCGCGGGCGACGGUGCUGCGGUGGCGCCGUUCCGGAACAGGGAGAAGGUGCUCAUCACCUGCUCCCGCCGCAUCACGUACAGGUAUCGGCAUCUGAUGCAGGACGUGCUGUCGCUGCUCCCGCACGCGAAGAAGGACAGCAAGGUCGAGUCGAAGCAGAGCAAGGGGAGCGCGCUGAACGAGCUGGUCGAGCUCAGGAGCUGCUCCAGCUGCCUCUUCUUCGAGUGCAGAAAACAGAAGGAUCUUUACCUUUGGAUGGUGAAGUCUCCUGGUGGACCAUCAGUGAAAUUUCUAGUAAAUGCUGUUCACACCAUGGAGGAGUUGAAGCUUACUGGUAACCAUCUGAAAGGGUCACGACCACUUCUUACAUUUUCUACAAAUUUUGAUGAGCAACCUCAUUGGAAGCUUGUGAAGGAAAUGAUAACUCAGAUAUUUGCUACUCCUAAAGAUCACCGUAAAGCAAAACCUUUCCAUGACCAUGUAUUUGUGUUCUCCAUUGUGGAUGGUCAUGUUUGGUUUCGAAACUACCAGAUUUCAGUUCCCCACAAUGAGAUUGAUAAAGUUGAUAAAGGUGGUCUGGAUAAAAUGACACUUAUUGAGGUUGGCCCCAGGUUCUGUUUGAAUCCAAUCAAAAUAUUUGGUGGAAGUUUUGGUGGUCCUACAUGGUAUGAGAACCCAUACUACAUUUCCCCCAAUCAGAUCCGUGCACUAGAGAAGAGGCAGAAGGCAGGCAAAUAUGCCAAGAAGGUGAAGGCCAAGGUGAGGAGGAAGAUGCACGAGAUGGAGAACACGCUGGAGCCUGAUGAGUUUGCUGAGCUCUGGAAAGGGGAGUAA